AUGCUGCGGGCUGCGUGUCUCUGCGUCCUCUGGGCCUCCUUCAUCCAUGGAUUCCCGGUGACCAAAGAGAGGCAGAAGCUGCUGCUCAUAUCCUUCGAUGGUUUCCGAUGGGACUACGACCUGGACGUGGACACGCCAAACCUUGACCAGAUGGCCAAGGAAGGAGUCAAGGCCCAAUAUGUCACCCCUCCAUACAUCACCGUCACCAGUCCUACACAUUUCACCCUCCUUACAGGCCGCUACGUUGAGAAUCAUGGAGUGAUCCACAACAUGUGGUUCAACACCACCACAAAGGAGAAGAAGGGCUACUAUCAGACUCAGUUUGUGAACGAAUGGUGGGACAACGGCACGCUUCCGAUCUGGAUCACAGCGGAGCGACAGGGUCUGAGAGCUGGCUCUCUCCACUUCCCGGGCACAGCUUCCAGUUACCAGGGACAGGUCCCCACGGUGCGAGAAGUGGAGCCCAAUUAUUACGACUACAAGAACGAGACCCUCUGGCACGAGAACACAGACAAGGUGAUGGGCUGGUUCAGAGAUCAGAAUCUGGACUUUGUGUCUUUGUACUUUGGCGAACCAGACGGCACGGGCCACAGAUACGGGCCCGACUCACAAGAACGCAAAGACAUGGUGAAGCAAGUGGACCGGACCGUAGGCUACAUCCGAGACUCAGCUGAAAAGCACGGGCUGACCGAGCGACUGAACAUCAUCAUCACAGCAGACCAUGGCAUGACCACCAUCUAUCGUAGUGCCCAGUUGGAAGAAAUCACCCUCUCCAAGAUCCCAGGCUUUAACUUCAGCGAUGUGUCCUUCCACCUGUUGGACUAUGGACCUACAGGGAUGAUGCUUCCUAAUCCUGGAAAGCUGGAGGCGGUUUACAAAGCCCUGAAGGGGGCUCAUCCACACCUGCACGUGUAUAAGAAGGAGGAGAUGCCAGAGCACCUUCACUUCACCAAAAAUGACCGCAUCCUGCCUAUCAUUUUAUGGACGGACCCUGGAUAUGUCCUCAAUGGGUAUUUCCCGGUUCAGUUCAACAAAGGAGAGCACGGCUUCGACAACCAGGAGAUGGACAUGAAGCCCUUUUUCAGAGCCGUGGGUCCGGCUUUCCGCAGGAACCUGUUGGUGGGGCCCUUUGAGACGGUCAACAUCUACCCAUUGAUGUGUCACAUUCUGGGCAUUCAGCCUGAUGUCAACGACGGCCACCUGAACGCCACGCAGCACAUGCUGGUGGAAGCCGUUGAACCCGCCGGUGAAAAUGUGAACAUGUGGAAAAACGGCUUUAUUGGACUUUCUGCAGUAGCUGCAUUUCUUCUCUUGGUUUUCAUAGUAGCAACAUCGUAUAAUGUCAUCAGGAGGAAAAGAAAGAGAUCGGACAGUUUUUCAGAGAAAAAGCAGAGCAAACAAUCUUCGUUUUGAUCAUCACAUAAAUGAAACUUCUUCUUCAGUCAUGUGUUGAGAAAUGCCUGCUUGUUGACAGCUUUCAAUCAUUCCCUG